UGUCAUGUGAUCAGCUGUGUCCAAUCACAGCUGAUCACAUGGCACUGAUGAUCAGUGUGCCCUGAUGAUCAGUGUAGCCCCAUCAGUGUCACCUGUCAGUGUCCCUCAAUGCCAGCUGUCAGUGCUCAUCAAUGCCACCUGCCAGUGCCCAUCAGUGCCACACCAAUGCCACAUAUCAGUGCCUACCAGUACACAAAUGCCACAUAUCAGUGCCCAUCUGAGCUGCCUUUCAGUGGUACCUAUCAGUGCCAGUCAGUGCCACCUAUCAAUGUCAAUCAGUGCCACCUAUCAG